AUGAAUCGUCUUCUUGUUCGACGUUGUAGUAUGUCGUCUAUCGAAGAAGAAGACGAACCAUCGACUUCGGACGAACUAACAACACAAUCAGUGCAAUUAUCACCAUCAGCAGCAGUCAAACAUUAUUCUCGAUUAAGACAGUCACCUUCUGUUAUUGAGUGGGAUUCGGAAUUAUCGGAAUCUGAACAAGAAUUCGACGAUAAUGAUGACGAUCUGAACGAGAAUGGUGAAGACCGAGCGGCCAACCGAGCAUUACAAAACUUUAUUCAAACAUCUUCAAAAUACAAGCAAGCUCAGAUCGACCAUAUAGAUGGUUCAUAUUCUUCAUCUUCAAUACAUCUUUAUGACGAAGACGAUUCAGCUGAACUUGACGCGAUUAUAUCCGAAUUACGAGAUUUCAAAAUUCAAUUUGAAGAAUGUUCUAAACUUUCGCUAUUGCCAUCCAUAUCCUCUUCAUCAAUAAUCAAAAGACCCUCAAAAAUGAAUUCACCGUUAAAUCAUUCGUCCCCUUUACUACCAACACAACCAUCAUCACCACCUCUUCUUUCAUCAGUUCCAAUAACAACAACGACAUCCUCCUCGACAACGAAUACUAAUGGUUGUGUUUACGAACUCCGCACACUUGAAGAUCAGCUUGAAGCUGCACUGGCUAGUUUAACAUUAACAAUCAAUGAUUGUACAACAACCAAUCUUGAUGCUCAACAACAACGUUCAUCUGGCUCAAGUGCCUGUUCAAGUGGUCUUGGUGAUGAAAUUGUCAACGAUUCAUUCAAUCACUAUAAUAAUAUUUCCAACACAAGUAAUCCAAUUACAGCCAGCCUCCCACCGUCAGCACCUGCUAGUGUAUCAUUUACGGCGAAAUUUGCUGCUAUGAACAUGACCGAUGAUUGUGAUUCUGCAUUUAGUGAUAGUGGAUCCACCGACAAAAUAACAUCUUCUAAUCACGAUGAACCCAUAACUUGUCGUUCAAUGGUAACAAUGACAAGCACUACCAAGCAAGCAACGUCUUUUGUCGCCGACUCAGACGAUCCAACUCCCUCUCCAUCUCAACACCCAUCGAAGUUACUUAUUCGGACUUACAAUGAUGAUGGUUCAACAAAGAGCAUCCUUAUUGAUCAUUCCAUGACAAUUCGUGAUGUCCUCUUUGUACUCGUUCAUAAAAAUCAUCGAGAGCCUGACAAUGACUAUGCUCUCGUUGAAAUCUUACCUGAUCUUCACAUGGAGCGUACUUUCGAAGAUCAUCAAAAAUUAACAGAAGCAAUUCUUAUGUGGCCAACAACAUCGUCUAAUCGAUUGAUAUUCACCAAACGACCAGAAAAAUACUCACUUUUUCGAGCAACAACAUCACUCCUUGGAAAUAAUGAGACAACGAUGGUCUAUGAUGAACUAUUAAAAACCCCUGAUAUAGAAGGAGUGAUCCACUUAAAAGAGAAAUCGCGUAAAUCUUGGAAAAAACAUUUUUGUGUACUCCGUUCGUCUGGUCUCUAUUUCGUUCCGAAAGGCAAAAGCAAGAAAGAUCUGGUUUGCUUGGCUAAAUUCGAAAAUAUCGAAUUAUUCUUCGGUCUUGGUUGGAAAAAGAAGUUUAAAUCACCUAGCGAUUAUUGCUUUGCACUUAAGCAUCCGUUAAUUCAAAAGAAAAGUUCGAAAUACAUCAAGUAUAUGUGUGUCGAUACCAAAAAUGAGUUUGAUCAAUGGACAACAAGUAUUCGAAUCGCGAAAUUCGGUCAACAAUUGAAAAUCAACCAUUUUCUCAUAGAAAAGGCAAUGAAUAUCUACCGAUCCUCAGGUCGAUUUGCUGCUGUUUGUGCUGCUCAGUUAAAAACACCAGACGAGCAAUUAGUGAACUCAACGAAUGCAGAAAUAUGUUCUCCACCGAAACCGUGCGCAUCGAUUCGCGAUCGGCAAGUACUGAAUCGAAUACCCAUCGCCUCAACAAACAAUACUUCAUAUAAUCAAUAUCAUUCUCCGCAAUCAUCUGUAUCUCCUCAGUUAACUUCUUCUACGACUAUAAUCUCAACAAGUAUAAUAAGCAAUGAAGGAAAUCAUAAAGACCAACAAGAAGAUGAUCAUAAUGAUGAAAAUUCUCCAAUUAAGUCAGCUAGCUAUAUGGAUGAAUUACGGCAGCGAUUAGAACGUGUUCUCAAUGAUCCACCAUCUCCUAUUCCAUCAGUCUCCUCACCAGCUCAAUCCCAGAAUUCUCUGAAUUCACUUGAGCGUCACUCAUGUUUACCUGUUUCGAAAUCCUUUCGUUUGCCUGCCCCAUCUAUUCCUACACAAGCUCUCUCUUCUGUUUCCAAUCGAUCAACGGCUGUUCCACGUAUUCCUCUAAAGUCAACACCGUUGUCAAACCCGACAUCCUCAAAUCCACCUGUAUCAUCUUUAUCAAAAAGCACGACAAUCCGUACCCCAACGACAGCAUUGAUCACCCCACCAAAACUAAAACCAACUCCAUCUACUCAAUGUUUAAGUUCUCCAGAAAAUUUACGUACAAUGCACACAAAUCCUCAGAUGACAGCAACGACAAUAGGCUCAACACCACUACCACGAAAACAGCUAACAUCGAUUCAAGUCUCUGCCAGAAAUCUAUCGUAUCGAUUGACAAAUAAUUCGAAUACAACAGGACACCAAUCUCAUUUGACGAAUGGAAACUGUCAUCAGCUACAGCAGCAACAGCAACACAUGAGUAAGAGCUUUAUUAUGCCAUCAAAACGAGAUGAUCAUCGCAGUGUCAGUUCAUUAUCCGUUACGUCGAAGUCUGAUUCAUUGAAUCUAGAUGAUUCAGAUUUUCCCCUUCCGUCACCAACAUUUCUUGACGGUUUAUCAGAUACAUCUAUUAGCACGAAAUCAAUUCCAACCACUUUAACGAAAUCAAAACCACCUGUUCUCAGUACAAUGAAUUUCAAUCGAUCAAAACUGCCAUCAUCAACCAAUAUCGCAGCAUUAAAAAAGCCAUCAACAACGUUUCGUGCUAGCGGCCGACCGCAACCUCCUGUACCUGGAAAAAGUGGUCUUAUUCCACCAUCAAUUAAACUAUCAACAUCAGUAUCACUAGCACGUCCAUUAAAUAAAUCUCUCGUUUCAUCAACAUCGAAUAAUUCAUUGACAAAUAGCAAAAUUUCCACAAUGUUAUCUACGUCUAAACCUGUUCCUCCUGUUCCACCACGUAAAUCCAGUAUUCCUCGUCCAUCUUUCAAACCACAACCACCACAACGAGACUCGUCAAAUAAUCUCCUACAAAAGCCUCAUAUCAGUCAUUUAUGA